AUGAAGAAACGUUGUGCAGCGGCAGACGCCAACAGGCUUCGGAAAAUGAAAAGGCUGAAAAUGACAGAAAGGAUCUCGGAAAGUGCGUACACGGUGUUGAAGUUCGGCAUCAUGUGGACGCUGGUGUUGUUGGCCGACUUCGUCCUGGAGUUCCGUCUGGAGUACCUGUGGCCCUGCUGGCUGUUCUUCGGCAGCGUCUACACCACCUUCCACUGCCACGGCCUGGUCAUCUGCGUGGUGUUUGUGUGUGCUGCGUUCACCAUGGAUAUCUUCUGUUUAUGUUUCGUGCCGCUGCAUUGGCUCUUCCUGGCGGCCAGCACAUACGUCCUCUUCAACUACAUCUGGCACUCAGAGCGUGGUAUCUGCAUGUCGACUGCGUCUCUGUGGGUGCUGCUGGUCUACACGGAGGCUUCAUUAAGACUUAAGGACCCCAAGAGCUCCCACACUAACUUAUCACACAUCUUCGCAGCGCACUGGCUGGAGCAGGAGUGUCGUCGUCUGCGUGGUGAGCUGCAGACCAGUCAGCAGUGUGAGCAGGAGCUGCGCAGCCACGUCUGCAACCUGACCAACAGCGAACGCAGCCUGCGGCCAGAGGUGGCAGUACUGAGACACACCAACCAGCUGCUGCAGAGCAAAAUCCUGUGCCUGUCGAAGACUAAGCAGCGUGAUCGGCAGGCAAGCGCGGUGCUGGAGAAGAAGGCUCGGGGGGAGACGGAGGCGCGGGCGGCGCUCGAGAAACAGCUGGCAGAACUGCAGACGCAGAAGCUGGACGAGGCCGCCAUCUUACUCCGCGGGGCGCCAAACAGGCAGGAGCAAACAGAGACACUAAUGUUGAGGAAGAAAGUGAAAGAGCUAGAGGCGGAGUACAAGCAGCUGCAGCAGGAGUGUGACGGCAAAGAGAGCCGCGUGCUAGCGCUAGAGAAGGAAGUGGAGUCCCUACAGCAGUACCGUAGUGUUGAGCAGGAGAUGGAGCGUCUGCUGUCGGCACUCUCCUCCCUGCAGGACAAGGCUCAGCACCUGGAGUUCAACCUGAGUGCAGAGACGCGCAUCAAGCUGGACCUCUUCUCCGCCCUGGGGGACGCACGCCGGCAGCUGGAGAUCGCUCAAGGUAAACUUCGUAAACAGGACCAGGAGAUAUGGGAGAUGAAGCAGCGUAUCGCCGAGGUGAUGGCCGUGUCCCCUGCGGUGUCCUACGCGGCCCCGAGACCCGUCCACAUCCCCCAGUACAUCACCAAGGUGCUCAACACUGAGCGCUACGUCCUGAACCCGCGCGCCCUCAUGUACCAGUGCCUGAAGAAGUGAAGGAGCCAGCCAGGCAGCCAGGCAGACACACACACACACACCACACCUGAGGCCUUCUCUUUACAACUCUGAGGCCUUCUGAUUCUCAAUUCUUCCUGUCUACCGAAGGGGGAAAAAAACGCUUGACCCGAAGCUGAAGUGUCUACUUUUGCCUGACUCUUAGCGGCGACUAGGAGGAAUGAGGUGCCAAAUGAUAUUCUUUUGGCGGCAAGGGAAGUGGACAAGUUGGUUCAGAUCCGCUCCGCAUCUGAGGCCAAGGGAUUUUGGGCGGGUGAUUGUCCUAAGCCUGGGCAGACGGGCUGCCUGUACCAAGGAGACCACACAUGAGGGCCCUAAACCAAGUGGGUUUACUAUGAGGGCCCUAAACCAAGUGGGUUUACUAUGUGGGACCUAAACCAAGUGGGCU